CUCAUUGAAGUUGCUCUAACCAGACCAUUUCGAAUUUCAUAUUUCCAGAAGAGUUCACCCAUGGUGACUGAUGUGGUGAGUAAAAAAGAAAAGGCGAGCGCUGUGGUGGUAAACGCGACUCUAUCCUGCUUUUCCUUGCCAAAGCCUGGCCCAAACCAAACGUACCUGCCUCCGUCCUUUCACUAUAAGCCAAGCCAAAGACACCUGGCCUCUCACUAGGCACAAACCAUGGCGAUGGCCGGACCGUCCACCACUCUCCCUCCGCCGUCGCCGGAGAAGGCGGUCGAUGUCCUCCCCGUGGACAGCCUCCUCAACAUUCUCCGUCGCCUCUCCCUCGCCGACCUUCUCCGUGCCGCCCUCGCCUGCCACCGCUGGCGCCGCCUCGCCGCACGCUGCCUCCCCCGCACCGCCCCUCUCCUCGGCCACUUCUUCCACACCACAGCCACCGGUUUGCCGCCGCUCCUGCACACGGCAUCCAAGGACACCGUCAUCGACGCCCCCGCGGUCUUCGCUCCCCUCGACGCCUCCGCACCGAACCUCUCCCUCGACUUCGCUCCGGAGGCCUCCCGCUUCGUGCUCCACGACUGCCACCAAGGCCUCCUGCUUCUCGAACCGCUCGCGUCGCUUCCCAAGGGGAUCCUCCCACGCCUCCUCGUCAUCGACCCGGCCACCCGCCGCCGCGUGCUCCUCCCGCCGCCACCGCGCGACACGGUGCCCGACGACCACCGCUGGCGCAGCUGCAGGCACUACGUCGGCUCCGGGCUUCUCUCCCGCGCGCACCAGAGCAAGCUCUGCUUCGAGGUCGUCUGCAUCUCCAUCGACGGCGGGCACCCCCGCGCCUGGGUCGCGUCCGUCGACGACGGCCAGUGCCGCUGGCGCGCGCUCCCGCGGACCACGGAGGUGGAGGUCAGCUUCGACCCCUGGUGGUUCGAGUCGCGCUGCGUGCACGCCGCCGGGAAGCUCUACUGGCAUAUCUGCAACUCCGGCCGCGUGCUCUCGCUGGACCCUUCCACACUGCACUUCUCUUACCUGCUGGCGCCGAAGGAGAUGCCCAGCUUCGGCAAGUUCCGCGUCGGGGAGACGCCGGACGACGGGCGGCUGUGCAUCGCGACCGUGGAGGACCAGCUGCUGCGGGUCUGGGUGCGUGGGGAGACCAGGUGGAGCGACGAUGGGUGGUAUCUGGAGAGGGAGAUGAAUCUUACCAAGGUGUACGACUCGGUGCCGGGCCUGCCCAAGGACAAGUGCCUCAGGAUCUUCAGUGUUUGGCUCAGCGACAUGGACGCGGGGCGUACCGGCAAGUUGUUCAUCAGAACCAUGGGGUAUGGGCGCUACUCCUUACAUCUGGACACGGCCAAGAUCGAGCGCCUGCACACCAAACAUGGCAAGGAGUACGGCCACCCGAUGUGCGCCUACUUCCACGCGUGGCCGCCUGCCUUCCUCGCUCCAGAGAACUGACUUUCUGGUGAUUGGUAUAACCUUUCCUCUUCAUCGAUGUUGCCUGACCUUGUGCUUAAUUCCUCAGAUCAUUUCCUAUGUGGUGCCUUGAGUUGUUUGUUGCAUGUUCAUGUUCAUGCGUUGGUACUUGGUAGCACAUAUCUGCAUGAAUGUGGAGCAAUCAUUCCGAAAUACUGUUUUAGAAUUUGCAGUCACAAUUUCUGUUAAAUCCUCUAGGUUUGAGAUAUAUGCUAGUGGUAGAAGGCCUAAUUGCAUACCUGUACUUUCUUCCUCUACCUGGCUCAUAGUUUAUGGCUACAGUGUAGUACUAUACACAAAUCAUCCCUAUACCGGUCUAUCAUAUUUUGCAUUUCAAAGCAUUCACUAUUAUGGGGCCAAUUAUGGCGAUGGAGUUUGAUGACAUCUUUUUUUCAUUUUAGCCACUUAAUUAGCUUACAGGCUAUCUCUAGAAUUCCAAAAUGCUGGGUUGAUUGCUGUAUCAUUUUUUAAUGGUGUUACUAUAUAAUUUUGAAAAGAGCGGUGAUUAAUUUUUAAGUGAACUA